AUGGGUUCUUCACUCGGGAGGAGCAGAGGAGCCUGCAGAGGACGGCAUCAGCGACUCGGGAGGACGGCAGCAGUGAGAGGGAGAAGCGAGCGGUGGGAUGACGCACGGCCGGCAGCCACACGGCUGCCUCUUACCCGCCCUGCUGACCACCCUCUCUGCUCGAGGCGGGCACUUCGGGCAAGGAGGCGCGGAGGCAAGGAGGCGGCACUUCAGCAGAGGUGGAGUGCGGUGUGGAAUGGUAUGGUGCGGUAUGAGGAGGAGGCGGACACUUCAGGCAACGAGCCGGCGCGGAGGCAAGGAGGCGGCACUUCAGCAGAGGUGUACCGGCGCGGAGGCAAGGAGGCGGCACUUCAGCAGAGGUGUGGUGCGGUGUGGAAUGGUAUGGUGAUGCAUGAGGAGGAGGCGGACACUUUGGGCAACGAGCCGGCGCGGAGGCAAGGAGGCGGCACUUCAGCAGAGGUGUACGAGGAGGACGGGCGAGCGUGGUGGGAUGACGCACGGCCGGCAGCCACUGGUGUGUGGCUGACUCCUACUCGCCCUGCUGACCACCCGCUCAAGGCAAGGAGGACACUUGGGGAAAGGAGCAAGGAGGGGGGAGCGGCAGCAUGGAGAGGAGUCAACGCCGUCACCGACAUCCAGGAGCAGAGCGGAGCGGGGCGGAGCGGAGCAGCAGCUUCUCGGCAACGCUCGGCCAGGAGAUGCAGCAGAGGCGGCGAGGAGCAGCGGGAGCGGAGGAAGAGGAGCAGUCGCCUCUGCUCUUCUCUGGAGAUGCAGCAGAGGCGGCGAGGAGCAGCGGGAGCGGAGGAAGAGGAGCAAUCGCCUCUGCUCUUCUCUGGAGAUGCAGCAGAGGCGGCGAGGAGCAGCGGGAGCGGAGGAAGAGGAGCAGUCGCCUCUGCUCUUCUCUGUUCUGCCUCUUCCAUUACACAGGAGAUGCAGCAGAGGCGGCGAGGAGCAGCCGAAGCGGGGAAACAGGAGCAGUCGCCUCUGCUCUUCUCUGGUUUAUAUGCACAACAUGCGUGGGGAGCACUGAAGACCCCCAACUGUGGCAUCAGGUGGUGUGCGGCAGCGGCUGCCAACGGCGUUAGGGCUGGCCUCCUAACGCCUGAAGCGCCCCUGUGUGUGGGUGCUCUGAUGAUGGAUGGCGGUGUGUGGGUGCUCUGA